GCGGCCGUACCUGUCGCAACACAAUAAUGCAUCGUACCAUAACAAACUGAAACCGGUUGUCUUUUUUCGCAUCUUUUGCUACUUCGCGUUCUCAUUUACCUUAACCUUGCACCGUGCUUGCGACGUGUCGUUCUUCUUUUUCUCCCUUGUUUUUUUUAAAUAUUUUUCACCACGCACCGCUUCCCGGUGAAUUCUUCGUCUUUUACCGUUUUUCUUUUUUCUUUGUCUUGCUCCACUCUGUGUACAGAAGUGACCUGCCAGGAUGUCGCAUGACAAUUUGGGAUUUACCUCGAGUACGGACGCUCUGGACAAUAAAAAGUGGUCCGCGAAGGCUAAUCAAAAUGGUUACGAUCCAAGCCAAAACAAGAACAAGGUGUACGUACUGGAGCUGGAGGAUAAGAAGAAGAGCGUGCAGGAGUACGAGGAGGACUACGACCCCUAUAAUCACAGGGUAGUCCAACAUCCAACAACGAGUCUAGAGACGCUGUUGCAUCUGUUGAAAGGCAGUCUGGGUACCGGAAUUCUCGCGAUGCCAAAGGCCUUUCACAAUUCUGGCUACGGUAUCGGUAUAGUGGCUACGAUUAUCAUUGGUCUCUUUUGUACUUACUGUAUACGGAUACUCGUCAGUUCUGAGUACGAGCUUUGCAAGAGGAAAAGGGUGCCAUCUUUAACUUACCCCGCGACAGCGGAAGCUGCGCUCUCUGUGGGUCCAAGACCGCUUAGGCCACUUGCGAAGGCGUCUGUCCACAUCAUAAACUUAUUCCUUAUGGUGUACCAACUGGGAAGUUGCUGCGUCUAUACCGUAUUCGUCGCCACGAAUUUGAAACUGGCAUUGAAGUCGACUCUUCCAGAUAUCGAUGUCAGGUUGUACAUGUUGGCAAUCCUGUUACCUCUGAUCUUGGUCAAUUGGAUUAGGAAUUUGAAAUUCUUGGCGCCGUGCUCGACAAUCGCCAACUGUAUCACGUUUGUCAGUUUCGGUAUAAUAUUGUACUACAUCUUCAGGGAGCCUUUGUCCUUCGAGAACCGCGAGGUGAUCGGGAACGUCGAGAACUUCCCGCUUUAUUUCGGCACUGUGCUCUUCGCUCUUGAAGCUAUAGGAGUGAUAAUGCCACUGGAGAACGAAAUGAAGCACCCAAGGACGUUCAUUCGACCGGUCGGUGUCUUGAACACAGGAAUGGGUCUGAUCGUCGUCCUCUACACCUGCCUCGGUUUCUUCGGCUACAUUCGUUAUGGAAGCGCGAUCGAGGGCAGCAUCACGUUCAGCCUCGAGGAGCCGGAGUACUUAGCUAAGACCGUCCAGGUCCUGUUGGCCAUAGCCAUCUUCUUCACCCAUCCAAUUCAAUGCUACGUCGCGAUCGAUAUCGCGUGGAACGAGUACAUUGCACCGAAUCUCGAGAAAAAUUCGCAUAAGCUGCUGUGGGAGUACGUUGUGAGAACGUCCCUGGUCCUUCUCACAUUCUUGUUGGCAGUGGCAAUUCCUCAGCUAGACCUUUUCAUAUCUCUCUUCGGUGCACUAUGUUUGUCGGGCCUCGGGCUGGCCUUUCCCGCCAUCAUUCAAAUUUGCACGUUCUGGAACGUGUGCGGACGCACGGAGAAGACCCUAAUGUUGGCGAAGAACAUGUCUCUGAUCCUGUUCGGGCUUCUCGGUCUGAUUGUAGGAACGUACACGAGCCUCCGUGACAUUAUCAAGACCUUCUCGUGAACUGACCAUCAUGGAGGCUCAGGAGAACAUGAUGAGGCAAAAGUGGACGAAGAAGAGGAAGGAAGAGAAGUUUGGCAGUGUGAUAUACGUUAGCGAUGUCUCAACGUUGUUCAGAUUGUCCAAAGGAGGAGUUGUUCUUUUAGAAAUGCGUUGAUCGCGUGACAGAGUUGAAUUUGAUCGAGGCGAAACGACGAGAAUGAUUAGGACAACGCGACGCGGCGUGUCUAACUUUCACGGACCAGUGUUCGAGAUCUCUCUGUGAUUUUGGAGUACGUUUUUCUUUUGACGAAGAACUUGUUUUUAUCGUUUCGUGGCAGCCACGUGAAGACCGUGACGAAGGAAAUUUCAUAAAUAGA